UCCCUAGCAACACUGCGUCCAUGACAACAAUUUUCAUUGAAACGAAACAAAUACUUCUCAUUACAGUCCUAAUUGCUUUUUCCGUAACUUCGAGAACAAGAAUGGAAGAGCAUGCGGAUGCGAAAUGGAAUCAGCCGGGCUGGAGAAUAGAACAAAAGUAUGACACAGAUGUUUUGAUUGGAAAUUGGAACGAAGAGAGACGAGUGUUUGAACGAGGCUCCUCCUUCUUUGACAGUACUCACCGAGUAGAUUUCAAGAACUAUGGAAAGUUUCUUCCUGAUGUCACAACCAGGAGAAAAGCACUUCAGCAACACAAUGGAUUAGGAAAAGAAUUCAUUUUUUCUCAUCAUCAAAAAGCUUAUGAAGGCAACAGAAUAUCAUGGUAUGACCAGCAAUUCAACAAGCGUGAAAUCACCGAGUCUAAGCUGCCACUGCUACGGAGCUGGGACAGGCAGAAGCUGGCCUGGGCACCGGAAAAAUCUGAUUAUCCUAUACAAGGACAUCCCACAAACUAUGGACUUCUACAAAAGCUUCAGGAAAAGUGGAAGAAAGAAGCAGCUAUGGAAAGCCUGGGAACAAACAUGACAACAUACAAGUUGUCUUACAAUCCUCAUCAGAAGGAAUCAUUUUCUUUCCGGCACUAUGCCCCACCCAAAAGUCUCUCAUGUCACUUUCAUCCCCAUCGUGUCAACAAAGAUCUCCAUUUACGGGGGAAACAGAUGAACAGUGCUCCAGAAUUUCCUCCGACUCUUGCCGUACCACAUAACGUACCACCUGAUUUUCCACAGUCAACAAUUCUGAUGGUUUAGAAUAAUGUUGAUCAGUGGAACUGAACUGCUCAAAGGGAACUCCACUUCACUUCAAAUUUCCGGGCCCUAAAAACUUCAACCAGCGCCAAAAACAUCACUAAGUUGAAUUUGUUUAUUUACUAUCUUCUUGUCAAAAAGAUAUUUCUUAAUGACCUGUAAUAUAUUUAUGUUUACAUUUAA